UCUUCGCGUUCACGUUUCCUCUCCACACUCGACCCCCUCCAAGGAGAGAGCGAAGCGAAGCGAAGAAGAGCGGCGGCGGCGGCGGCGGCGACGACGCGAGCGGGGGGGGGCGGGGGAGGAGGAGUUUGUGUUCUCUUUUAGGGUUUCCUUGCGCUAAGAGGAGGUUCUCCCGAUCGAGAUCCAGGUUUCUCGCUCAUCCCGGAGACCCUUUUCCGCGAAAUUUUUUUCUCGCCUUUAUUUUUGAUUUUGGGGGGUUCGGCUGCGCCGCGCUUCGGCUCUGCGCGGUGAUCUCGCGCUUUCUCGGGUCAAAGGCGAGGGUUUUCGUUCCCAGUGGUGGCGGAAACGGGAAUUUACAGUGGCGGGGGUGGGAAAAGGGGGAUUGGUUGGUGUUAGGGUUUCUUCGUUACGGCGAGGGAGCUGCAAGCGUGCUCGUUCCUUUUUGUGUCCGGUGAUUUGGGGGGAUUUGUAGGGUAUUAGCGAGAGAGGGCCGUUUUGGUUGCAGCUAGGGUUUGGGUGUUAAGCUUGCUGGAAGUGGAGCGUGGACAUUUUUGCGGGAGUUUUAGCUUCACUUUGGUGUUAAGGUUUCUUCAGUACACACUCGAAGAGAAAGCAAAGCUGUAAGUAUUGAGUUUGUUGGAAAGGCAAUAUCUGUACUAUUAGGGAGGAAACAGAAGCAAAUUUGAUAUUUGAAAGAGCAUGUUGCUGGAAAAAAAUUUAAUUUAGUACGAUCAAAUUAUCAAUUCACACGGCCAUACUUAACAAAAUCUGGACGAGUGUUGACUUUGUUCCUCGUUCUUAAGGUGAGAAUAGUUUUUCAUUGGUGUAGCAGAAGAAAAGAGCUGAAAAAGGAGACUACUCUGUUGUCGUUGCGUACACAAUGAUGGGAAAGACACAGAAAUUCUCAAAGGGAUUCUCUUCUGGAUUUGUCCCGGAUUAUCGGCAUGCGGUCGAGACGGUAGGUGAAUCGGAAGGGUUUGCUAGCCCUGCUCGCAUUGACUCUGAAGACUCUUGCGCCCCAAAGAGGAAAUGCAUAAGUUUAAAUUCAGACAGAUGCGACGGGUUUAAUGUCCCUUUGCAAGUCAUUUCUCUUUCCAAGAUGUCAGGUUCCGAGAGGAAGGAGUUGGAAAUGAGACUUAGAGGAGAGCUUGAGCAAACCAGGAUUCUCCAAAAGAGACUGCUUUCAAAGAGUGCAGCAGGCUUAAAUGGGGUUGCCCUAUCUUCCUCCAGUGAUGUCCAUGUAAAGAAACAGGAUUCUGUUCUCCAGCAUAGUUCCCAAUCGAAAAGGGAAAACUCUGAGUCUGCAAAGCCGGCGCCACCUCCGCCUCUGCCUCCGCCUCCGCCUCCACCUUUGAUCAGCAACGCCCAUGUAAUGAUGUUGAAACAAUGCGAGUCACUUCUUAAACGCUUAAUGGCGCAUCAGUAUGGAUGGGUAUUCAACACUCCUGUUGACGUGGUGAAGUUGAAUAUUCCAGAUUAUUAUCAAGUUAUUAAGCAUCCGAUGGAUUUGGGGACUGUCAAGAGUAGGAUCACUUCGGGUGCUUACUCCAGCCCAUCGGAUUUUGUUUCUGAUGUCAGGCUUACUUUUACAAAUGCCAUGACUUACAACCCACCUGGUAAUGACGUACAUAUUAUGGCAAAUACUAUGAGCAAGUUCUUUGAAACAAGAUGGAAACCCAUUGAGAAGAAGCUAGCUGCAGCUGAUGCUGCUCUUAAGAGAGAAACUCAAGAGGCCAAGCCAGUGUUGCAGUCCAAGAAGAGGAAGGAACCUCCUGUAAAUCAUGACAUUGCUUUGCCGGAGAGAACUAAGCCAAAAAUGACAGAUGAGCAGAAGCUGAACCUUAGCAGGCAGUUAGAACCUCUAGUGGGUGAGAUGCCGGAUCAUAUAGUUGAUUUCUUGAGGAGCCGCUCGAAACAGACCAGUGAAGAUGAGAUAGAGAUUGACAUUGAUUCUCUUAGUGAUGAUACAUUGUUUGAGUUACAGAAGCUUGUAGAUGAUUAUUUGGAGAAGAAACGAUCGGAGAACCACGCAAAAGCUGAGCCUUGUGAAAUGGAGAUCUUAAAUGAAUCUGGCCUUAGCAAUUCGUCAAUGCAUCAUGGAAAAGUCAAUGAGCUGGCCGAUGAGGAGGUUGACAUUGGUGGCGAUGAUCCUCCUGUCCCAAUCUUCCCUCCUGUGGUGAUUGAAAAAGACCCAGCUCCCAAAAGCAGCAAAUGUAGUAGUUCUAGCAGUUCUAGUAGUGAUUCAGGAUCAUCCUCCAGUGAUUCAGUCUCAACUAGUUCUUCUGGAAGCAGGUCAGAUGUUAAAGUUUCUAGUCCUACGAAGGAAAAUGCACGAAAUGUAGCAGUGUUGAACCAAGAAAAAAAUGAUACAAGGAAUCCACUUGAUACAAAUAGAUCGUCUAAUGGGUUGGAUAAAUUAGAGCAGGACCCACAUCUGCAACAUGUCUCUGUUGAGGGAGAUCGCCUUACAGAGGGGGAGAAUGCUCCAUCUGAGAGGCAGGUCUCCCCGGAUAAGCUCUACAGAGCAGCUGUUCUCAAAAAUCGUUUCGUUGAUACAAUUCUUAAAGCUCGUGAGAAGACCCUCAACCAGGGUGACAAAAAGGAUCCAGAGAAAGUUCGUCGGGAGAGAGAGGAGCUAGAGAGGCAAAAAAGGGAAGAGAAAGCUCGACUACAGGCUGAAGCUAAGGCCGCUGAGGACGCUCGAAAACAGGCUGAAGCGGAGGCUGCUGCGGAGGCGAAGCGCAAACGGGAGCUUGAGAGAGAAGCAGCUCGCCAAGCCUUGCUACAGAUGGAGAAGACCGUGGAAAUCAAUGAAGGCAGCCUAUUUCUAAAAGAUCUAGAAAUGCUUAGAACUGUUGCCGGUGAGCAUGUACCGAGCUCUGUUGGUGAGACCAGCCCGACCCACUCACACGAAGGACUUGUUGGUUUUAAACUCGGCGGAAGCAACCCCUUGGAGCAGCUAGGGUUGUACAUGAAAGUGGAUGACGAAGAGGAGGAAGAAGCUGAACAUAAAACUGCUACUACUGUAAAUGAUGUCGAGGAGGGAGAGAUAGAUUAACCAUCUUUGGCUAUACUUCUUUUUUAAUACACGCCAAGAGAGAAUGAGUUCUCGUCCAAGUCUUCGCAUGAUGAAAUGGUUGGCCUUUGAUGAUAGCUCGGCUUUUGCGUUCAUUUUUCAUUAUCAGGGCUUUGAUCUCUUUGUUCUGUCACAUCUAAAGUCGAUUUUCAAGAUGGUGACUGAGUGGUUAACCGGACGAAAUUGAUGGUGCUGUAAGUUCUUUUGGUUUUUGGCUUAUGGAGCACUUGGCCUCAUUUUCGGAGCCAAGCAAUAGUCCACUGAAUCGGAAAACAUAUGACUUUCGAGCUGAUAUAAAGCUUCAAUACUCUCGUGGAAAUGCUACUCGGCGAUUGCUGCGAUCUGAAGUAUCCUGUACUGUUCGGAGGGAACAGAUGAUAUUUAAUGCAGUGAAAUGUGGAUCAAUGUUUCGUGGCUUUCUCAAAUCGCAUUGGGGGACUUUGUAUGUUGAUUUUGAUGAUUUUAUGUUUUUUGUUCGUGCCCCCCCAAACUGUACAAAGACAACUUAUAGAUGAGAAACAGAUUUUUUUUUUUUUUAAUUUUAAUAUUCCAGUUUAGUUCCUUUA